UACAGAUAAUCAUGUAUACGAUUAUGCCAUAAGGAUUCAAGAGCUUCACAUAAAUCUGCUGUGAAAAGGUGCGGGACGGCCCGCUGCACGUCCUUAUGAGGAUAUUCCACCAGAGAAAACUCUAGAAGGCGCGUUCUUAGACUACUACUAGUAUCGUACUUUAUUACUACUGUGACCUUCCGCUCAGUCUCUCUCUAGUACGAGGCGAACGUUUAUAACAUCUCCUCGGAUUAUUCACUCCACGGACAUCUAAAAGUCCACAAAACAUAACUGAAGCGCCCACACAAGAGAUGUAAAGUUUUAUGAAUUAUCAUGUGCACCAUUUUCAGUUGUUUAAUCGCGUCACAUCACGCUGUUUUCUUUUUGAUCCUAGAAACACAGCCGUUUUUGCCGGGCGUUCGAUUAUAUGGGUGUGUCUUCCCUCCGUAUUGCGUAUAGCGGGAACCGUCAAUCAUAAUAUUCCCGAGCUAACUUGCAGGUAUCCGUAAAAGCCGCGGAAUCUAAGCAACAACCAGUCAAAAGUACGAAAUCGUUCGAGACGGUGCUCUGUAGCUACGCUAUGCCACGGACGUCACAUGAUAGGGGGGACAUGUUUUCCCGAAGGGAGGCGAACGGUUUCGCUCCACGACAUCGUCCUGCUGGCGCGGGUGUCGCAUGUCAUGGAUGUGACGAGGAAGCCCGCGCGCCUCCGCACUCUGCACUGUGUCUCGCGCUCGGUCCACGACCGCGGCGCGCGUAUGUAUCGCGUCGCUGCUGCUGUCCGACUCCCCGUCCCUGUGACCGGAUGGGAGGAUCUGCCACGUCUCCCCCCGGAAAGGUGGUGGGAGUCAAGCUGCUCGCAGAUGAGGGCAGAUGAUGAGGAGGGGCUCCUCGGGGCACGCGCACGGCCACUUUGACAUAUAUUCCUGAAUCAUUAAACAAUUCCGCUGAGCGCAAAUUGAGAACCGGAGCCGGAUCCUGGACAUGUGAAGGACAGGCGGACAGGCGGGCGGGGCAGAAACAGCUGGUUUUGUUGCGCGUGACUGACAGCGCAGUGGAAGAAGAAGAAGAUUCGCCGGCCCGGUUCAGAUCCCUCGCAGUGUCGCGUUUCAUUAUUUAAAUCAAUGUCAUCAAUGCUUGGAAACGCUCGACUGCACCAGUGUCUUCUGCGUUCACAGAACUUUCGACUGGUGGGACAGGGGUUCGAAUCCCUGGGACCCGCUGCACUCUAAUUCUGCUGUGUAACACACACACACACACACACACACAGAGACACUGCGGGCUUUGUUCCUCCACACCGCACUCGUCCCUUCUGUUUCGAGCCGAGGUCCGUCCAUCAUCAGCCCGAGAGGAGCGAGGGCACGAUGCGCUGAAACGGGAGCGCCGCAGCAGCUGGGAUUUCUCACAAUCAUUGUGGACGCGCUCCUCCUCCUUCCCGCGGCGGGAAACGCUCGCGGCAGCAGCGCGCGCGCUUCACUCCGUCCGUGUGUCUCCGCGUGUGACAGUGCGUGCGUCCAUCCAGCGGAUCGGCCCGGGGUCUCCAUGCUCAGCACCGGCAGGAUGGAGGAGUUUGUAACCGAGGAAGAAGAGCCGUGGUACGACCAGCAGGACCUGGAGCAGGAUCUACACCUGGCUGCUGAGUUGGGGAAGACCCUCCUGGAGCGCAAUAAGGAGCUGGAAGAUUCAUUGCAGCAGAUGUACCUGACCAAUGAAGAGCAGGUGCAGGAGAUCGAGUACCUGUCCAAGCAGCUGGACAUGCUGCGCGAGAUGAAUGAGCAGCACGCCAGGGUGUACGAGCAGCUGGACAUCACAGCGCGUGAGCUGGAGGUCACCAACGAGAGCCUGGUGGUGGAAAGUAAGACCUCGCAGCAGAAGAUCGAGAGGCUGACGGGAACAAUCGAGCUCCUGCAGGGCCAGGUGGAUGCGCUGACCAUACAGGUGGAGGAACUGCGCUCGCUGGAACAGCUGAGGGUGCGCAGGGAGAAGCGGGAACGCCGUAAGACCAUCCACUCCUUUCCCUGUUUAAAGGAGCUGUGCAUGGCCCCCAGGUACGAGGAUGGCUUUGUAGUGGGCAGCCCAGGGAGCCUGAACAAAGAGAGGAAGCGGCAGCCGCUGGAAGAGGAGAACGAGCGGCUGCGUGAGACAGUGUCGUCCCUGAGGGCGGCAGUGUGUGCGGAGCGGGGCCGGCGCGAGGGGGCAGAGCGGGAGUGUGCCGCCGUUCUGCAGGAGUUCGGUCGGCUGGAGCAGCGGCUACAGGCGGCCGAGGCCUGCCGGCUGCGUGUCCGGGAGCUGGAGGCGGAGCUGCAGGAGCUGCAGCAGCUGCGUCGCGCACGUGCCUUCCUUCUCAGCACCGAGGAUGGGUUAGCGCAGACGUUGCUCAACAGCACCCCUGAAACGGACACUCUGGAGGAAGAGGUCACCCCUGGCAGGGAGGGCGGCGAGGCUGGGGCUGCCCAGGACCUGCCUGCCUCUAGCCCUGUGCGCAAGAGCUGCAGUGACACGGCACUCAAUGCCAUCGUGGCCCGGGAUGCCUCGGGGCGCAGACGGGGGAGCUACGCGCUACACGCCAACAGUGUUCGCAAGCGGGGCAUGUCUAUCCUGCGCGAGGUGGACGAGCAGUACCACGCCCUGCUGGAGAAGUACGAGGAGCUGCUGGGGAAGUGCCGGCGCCACGAGGAGAGCCUGCGGCACGCUGGCGUGCAGACGUCACGGCCCGUCUCCCGGGACCCCUCCAUGAAGGACUGCGCCACUCCAGCGCCCCCGCCCAGCCCCGCACAAACCCCCUCCACCCCAGAGGCCAUAGAGAGCAUCAGCAAGCAGGUGGAGGCUGUAGACAAGCGACUGGGCCAGAACACGCCCGAGUACAAGGCCCUCUUCAAGGAGAUCUUCUCCCGCAUUCAGAAGACCAAGAGCGACAUCAGCUCAAGCAAAGCUGGCAGCAAAGGGGGCAAGAGUGGCAAGUGAUGUCCUCCCCUGCGCUUUCAUUCCUCAUGUCCAUUCCUACACCACCAACAGAGACUCCACUGACAGUAUCUCAAACUGCAGCACUAUUAUCGAUGUCCCUCUUGGCAAGGGUCCCCCGCACCCCCCCCCCCAGCAGGCCUCAGUUGCAUCUCCGCUGCCUUCUGCUUGCCCAUUGGAGCUCUGCAGUCACCACAGACCCGAUCAAAGUGCACUAAACAUAAUACUCUGAACAGAACAGAACUCAUUUGUAUUAGAUUGUCACUUUUUCAUAGCUGUCUGCGCUGCUUUCAGCUUAACUGAAUCACAGAAUCCAGUUACUCCUAAUGAUCAAAACUAGUGGCAGAUCAGGUAAAUCACAAGGAGAACUGAUUUGUAUCAGAUAAUUUCUUAUAGGCUCAAUGUUGUAUUUAGGACAUACCAAACCCAAAGAGCUUUGGUUUUUGGUGCUCAGGCCCAGCUUGCCAAAACAGCUGUUAACCUCUUUUAAACACGAGACGGUGAUGAUUGUUGAAGGGCUUCACACCACGGCUCAGCGAUCUCAUGUCAGACCUCACAACCUUCUUUUCCUCGUAGCUCUUGACAGGUUAAACUUGUUCGGUUCUUUCUGGGGUUGGGUCUUGACCAGCAGGGGCUGGCAGAGAAGGGAUGCAUUUUGGUGUAAAACGUGUAAACGAUCCUACCUGAGGAUACAGAGCAAUAACUCGGAGGGGGGAGAGUACCAUGGAAACUGUGGAAAUUGGCUGCAGGGUCGGCCAGUACAACAGCCCUCAGAGCUUUUUGCUUUGAGAUCUGACAGUUUUAGUGGAUCCUUUGUGUGCUGCUGCAAGAAGGCAAUGACAGAAAUGUGCUGAUUAAAAAAACAUGGUGAACAGUCCCUCAGGUCAGCAGGUUUGCUCUUUGUGUGGGGGAGGGGUGGCAGAACCUUUUGUUUCCAGCGAACAUAGGUGCGGUGCUGAAUAAACAUAGAAUCGACAAGCUUCACGUGGAGCAUCUUUUGCAAACCUUCUCUCAUCCCGUGUUUGUCUUUCCCGCUGUGUUUGGGUUCUGUCCUUUUCAGCACAGUCAUAAAACCACGGAAAUAAAGAUAUGUAAAGCUGUGAUUAUAUUCUCACGCUGGUUUUGGUGUAUCCAGCCGUACCGGUGCUGGCCUCAAGUUUGCGGCGGAGAACCUAAAUAAUGCUGUUUUCUGUAGACAAGUACGGUACUUGCACUGUACGCUCUGGACCACCGCAACCCUGCGCGGGACGAGCAGCUUGUGGAAAUGGACACGGAAAGUGUGUUGACUGCAGGAGCUAUUAGAAUCCUGGCUAACAUGUAAACGCUAAAGCUGUGCUGCAAGUUUUGCCGCUCCGGUCCCCCCUCCGCCGUGCAGUACGGACACGCGGUCCACCAUUGCAGCGCAUCGCCGUCCCGUAGAGAAGGUCUUUGUACUGCUGCGCUACACAGAUCAAAAUAAGCUCUUAGGCCACAGAACCUCUGGACUUGUUUCUAUACUUUGCCAUGAUCCGGGUCCCUUGCGGUCCGUGGGCCGCGCUUCAAGGCUUCGGUUCCGUGUUGGCUCUGAGCAGAACUGGGUCAAAGCUGGGUCCACUUUUUCUCAGGGUCUCUCAAGGGUUUUAAAAGGUAAAGGAACAGGCGUAAUGUCGUGGCAACAAAUCAAUUAUAAUACCGGUAUCGAAAAUGGGAGAGAAUGUUUUGCUUUGGGGAAAAUGUUGCCAAAAUGGAACCCGGCUGAUCCCGGCCCGUGAGGCUGCGCUUUAGCUCUUGGAUGCUUCCUGAGGUACUGUACUCAAAUAUUUGCUUCUCCUAUUGCACUAAAACACGCUUUCACCUGUCUUAUUUAUUACAUAUUUAUUGAUGUCUUUUUUCUUUAUACUGUUCAUGUAAUAACUAACCUCAGACGCUGUGUAGGUUGCUGUUUUAUUAAAAGGUGUAACCAUGUAACCCAAGGAUAAUGUACCAGGUUGUUUUGAUAACUGAUACAGCCCAAGAGGAGGUCUUUUCUAUGUUUAACUUGGCAUGAAACAACUUUCUUUGUUUUUGUUAUGCACUUGUCCUGUCUGCCUGUUGAUUGCGAUAGGUUUUUUUUUUUUUUUUUUAGCCUUCGGUCACCAUAUUCUUUGUUCCUGUGGGCAUUCUGGAAACUUCCGCAGAGUGACGCGUUAUGUGCGGAUAAACAAAGUUUGUUUUUUUUUUUUUUUCUCCUCUGUCCAGCUGUCUAACAUCUAUUAUAACAGCACCAUCUUAGAUAAGUCUUGUCUUUUAUUCCAUUAAAGC